AUGCCGACUCUUGAAAUCACCAAUUUCAAUAUCGUAUGCUCCGUCCUAGGAGGGUUCAUAACCCUCUUUGGGCUGGUAUCGUAUUUGUGCAAGGAACGGUUUUAUCUAUCUGAAGCCUUGAUAUCCACAUUGGCAGGUGUGGUCUUCUCUCCUCAUGCAGCCAAUUUUAUCAAACCAAUGGACUAUGCAAUGGACUCCCAGCGCAACCUGGACGCUAUCACCCUGUACUUCACCCGUCUUGUUCUGGGCGUGCAGCUAGUCAUAGCUGGAGUUCAACUGCCAGGACGCUACUUACAGACCGAAUGGAAGAGUCUGGCUCUACUUCUCGGUCCCGGAAUGGCGGUCAUGUGGCUUUCAAGCGGUCUACUGAUUUGGGGUCUCGUACCUAAUAUUUCCUUUGUCGAGGCCCUAGCCGUCGGUGCAUGCGUCACCCCUACUGAUCCAGUGUUGUCCAACUCAAUUGUGAAGGGAAAAUUUGCUGAUAAGAAUAUCCCGCGGCCUUUGCAGCGGAUCAUUAUUGCCGAAUCAGGUGCUAAUGACGGAUUGGGAUAUCCGUUUCUCUUUCUGGCCCUGUAUCUCCUGAAAUAUACCCAGGGUCCUGGAUUUAGUGGUGGUGGAGGCAAGGCCAUUGCUCUUUGGGUAUAUGAGACUCUGGUUUACGAGAUUUUGUUGAGUGUUGUGUAUGGUGCGGUGGUUGGGUGGUUGUCCAUGAAGCUGCUUCAUUGGGCGGAGGAGAAGCGAUAUGUUGAUAGGGAGAGUUUUCUUGUUUUUGCGAUUUCUCUCGGUCUAUUCAUUAUGGGCACCUGUGGAUUGAUUGGUACCGACGAUCUGCUUGCUUGUUUCAUAGCUGGAAACGCAUUUACCCACGAUGACUGGUUUCGACUCGAAACAAUGGACGACUCCCUCCAACCAACAAUCGAUAUGCUCCUCAACCUGGCCAUCUUCGUCUGGUUCGGUGCCGUUUGUCCCUGGGUCUUGUUCGCCCAUAACGAUAUCAUUCCCAUAUAUCGACUGAUAGUCUUGGGUAUAUUGAUUCUCCUGUUUCGUCGUCUACCGGUCGUAUUUGCGAUGCACAAGUACAUCCAUCAGAUCGAGCAGAUUUCUCAAGCACUAUUCGUAGGAUUUUUUGGUCCUAUUGGUGUUGGAGCUAUUUUCUACUUAUCGGUCUGUCGUAACUUUCUGCUCGAGGAUAUGAUGGUCGACGGCGUAGUUCGCAGUGAUGCGGCCAGGACGGCGGAAGUGACAUAUAUUGUCGUUUGGUUUUUGGUUAUUUGCAGUAUUUUCGUCCAUGGCCUCAGUAUACCCCUAGGCAAAGCAGGAUAUCAUAUCCCGCGCACAAUCUCAACAGCCCUGAGCUCCAACUCCGGUGAACAAGAGCCAAUCCGUCUACCCAGCAACCUAAACACACACAGCACGGCAACACCCACUUCACACCGUGGCCUACGCUUCUACCGAAACCGCAGCAGUGCGCCGAGUACCCGGGAGCCGCCACGGGUCGUGUUUCAGAUUUCUGCCCCUCAGCAGCGACGCGAAGAACAGCAAGAGGAAGAACAGGGACAACAGCAACGAGAAGAUUCUGCUGUUGCGUCUGCUGCUAAUGCGAGUGCGGAUGAAACGCUGUCUCCGCAGAAAAGUAUGCCCGCUGUGCCGGCCCCAUUGACGGUUCAUGAGCGGCAUGAUGAGCCUAGGAGACCGAUUAAGUUGAUGGGUGACGAUGGGCGUGUGACGCAGACUUUGAAUGAUUCCGAGUAGAUGAUUUCAUUUAUUAGGGCAUGAUGCGAGAGGUACGUUACUGGAGGAGAUGGAGGUGUAAAUACAUCGUAGCACUUAGGACUACUGUUUUGAAGUGCUGUUGGAUUCGGUUGUGAUUAUUUCGGCGGGUUUUCGGUGUGAAUAUUUAGAUUCUAAACAUGGUUAUAGUACAAAUGAUAGAGGAGAGAGGAGGGGGAAGUUCGGUGUUGAGGAGAUACAUAUAGACACAUUCGUUU